ACUAGUAGGUUCAAACAUUUUAACAGGAUUGUCCGACUAGGACACAUGUACCUACCUACAAAAUGUUACAGUUUCAAAAAUAUAUUGUGAUGUUAUUGAUUUUACUGAUGACAGCGCAGUGCUAUGAAGCUAAAGUAACGUUUCCAGUGCAGAAAUCUGCUUUGGAAACAAACUCACCGCAUAGAAAUAAAACUCAGUCUCAAAACUCAAAAUCAUUUAUUCAAAUUUUUUCAGAUGAAGUAUUGCUUUCAACUAAGCUUUUUAAAAACUUUACUCUCAUCAUCCCGGAAAAGUGUGAAGAACUAGGAAUUUGUGAACAUCUCCCCAACUACCCACAUCGAUUGGUUAUGAGGAUAAUUAAAAAACUUUUAAAACGAAACAUCAAAUUUAAUGAAGAUGUCAAGCAGUGGGAUGAUUACAUAGAUUUCUUUGAGGAGUCGUCAAGGAUACCAGAAGAAGAAGAUCUCUGCAAAAGCAAAUCUAAGUUAUAUAUCCCGCAAGCGGCACGAGACGCCAGCAAUACGUGGCAAUUGAUAUUGAACUCUGCGGGCGCAGGCACGACUCAGAACUUUAUUGGAGAGCAGUGCGAGCCCAAAUAUCCGGAUUGUUCCAAGAUGGCAUACUUCUCGAAGCCAUUUUACCGCGGGGCGUGUGUCCAGAAAUUUAUGAAGAGAGUGAUGUAUGGGCUCAAUGAGAAUGGAGUGAUUAAAACACUAUUUGACGUACCCAGCUGCUGUGCCUGUGUUGCAAUACGAUUAUCAUAAGGAUUCAUUACCACGCGACUCAAAGUUAAACAUUGAACUGUGCAUUUUAUAUCGCACUAGAUGGUCAUCAUGCGGGUGCUAUCUUUUGCAAGAAAUAAAGAUUUUUAUUUAGCCA